AUAAUACUUGUAUGAAUUAUUAUCUUUAGGCUUACUAAAUACACGAAUGAUACGUGUACAAUAUGGGUCCUAUCUAUUGUGUCCUAUUUGUUUAUUUGAUUUUCUUGUUGCUUGUGUGUUUGGAUGCCGAACAGAUUUUAGACAAACAAAAUGAUGAUUUUGACUUUGAUGGACUACCAGGAGUGACGUAUGAAUUUAAAGUAGAAGUUUAUUCGGGACGAGAACAAUGUUUUUACCAAAAAAUUGCCAGUGGAGCGACUUUGCAUCUAUCAUUUGAGGUACUGCGUGGAUCUGACAGACUAGUUGAUGUUUUAAUAUGGGAACCCACCAGAAAUAUUCUGGACUCCAAGUACUCCGUGUCUCAGGGUCUAUUUGAAAAAGUUUUAACUGUUGAAGGUAUAUAUACCAUAUGUAUAGAUAAUGUUGCUAGCAAGUCUAUGUUUGGCUCAAAAUUGGUCUAUUUCUACCUUGGGACAUACUUAAUGGCUGAUUGGGAUAAAUACCUCCAGGAAAUUGAAGGAGUGACUUCAACAGUUUCAAACUUUACUAGGACAGUGUCUUCGGUCCAGAACUCAAUAGAGGAAGUCAAAAUACACCAAGCAUAUACCAGAAUGAAUUUAGUGAAAGACUUUUAUCUCAUCAUAGGGAAUAAUGACUAUGUAAAAUGGUGGUCCAUAUUUCAAAUAUGCAUCGUCAUUUGUACUUCCGGUUUUCAGGUUUUUUGUUUGAGGAGACUUUUUAGAGUUCCGAAUGUUGCAGGAAAGUCAAAACCACGUGCUUAAACAGAAGAUUAUCAGUCAGACAAUAUGUCCGAAUACUCAACUUGUCCGCCAAUUUCGAAAUGGCUCUUGAAAAGAAAAUCAGAGACGCAUUAUUUCGCAAGAUGAAUUCAACACGAAUAUUUUCGUUUGGUUCAUUAUUUCAAAUAUAUUCAAAAGUGAAAUACACACUGUUAACAGAGAAAUAAAAUUUUGAAUCAGA